AUGAAUCUCGGAGGCAUUGACUACUUCUGCCGCAGGAAGCUGAAAUAUAUUGACGAAUAUAUCAUCUAUUCCAACAAGAAACUGAAGCGGCUGGUCCUGAAUGACAACCCAGAACUCCAGCUGGUUCCUAUUCGUAGUGAGUCGUUGACAGACCUCUACCUGCAGAACUCUGGACUCAGCAGCUUCGACCCACAACUGCUGCAGCAUCUUCCGGAUAGGGGAAAUCUGUAUAUCACCGCCAGGGACAAACUGCACUGUUCUCAGGAAACUAAGAACAUCCGCAUCCACUACCCAGGUUUCAAAGCGUACUGCAACGCCAAAACAAACGCCACUGAAAACAGCACUACCACCACCACUGAAAACAAAGCACCCUCAAAUGCCAACUCUUCUACAAUCUUGUACAUAUUACUUGCUGUAGUACUUGUCGCAAUUCCGGCAGUUAUAUUUGUAGUUAAACGGCGGACUACCUACAACCGACUGGACCUGGGAACCGAAGAAGCAGGAGGUGGAAUGCGGCCAGCCGUCAUCGGUGUUCGGUGGCGGGUUACGGAUAAUGUAUAGUGCGUGAUGGCGGGUACUGCUGUAUGCUGUUAAUGAAAUGUGGGCUGUUGCGACCCUUGGUCUGCCUCCUGUGGUGGUUUUAGAAUACUGUAUUGUACAUGGUGAUGGGUAUUUCAUACUAUUUAUGAAAUGCAAAUAAAGGUAAAAAAUGGAUAAACCUGGCGACGACCUUCGAAUAGCGUGGUGCAUUCUAUAUACUGUUUAUGUAACACACAUAAAGAUUAAAGAAUCUGACUUAA